CCAUAGAAGUCAAUGUCUAGAAGACAACGUAAAUAUUGACGUAAUUUAUAGUAAUAGUGAUGUUAUAAGUCAUAUACGUUGUGACCACCGAUUGGCGGAUCAAUUGAUUGAUUCGGUGAUAAUGUCGGCCAAAAAACAUUCACUACCCGACUAUCAGUUCGGCGAACUCAUCGGUAAGGGAACCUACGGUACGGUCUAUAAGGCGACCAAAAAGUGUACUACAAGAACUUCUUCUGGAGGAGAAGUGGUGGCAAUAAAGUGCGUCCAGAAGACGGGUCUAUCGAAACAAUCGAUUGAUAACAUUGUCAACGAAAUAUCGAUCACCAAACGAGUCCGUAGUCCGUUCAUUGUCCAACUCUUGGACUUCAAUUGGAACGACAACUAUAUCUAUUUGAUCUUCGAGUUCUGUAGUGGCGGCUGUUUGGCUCAACUGAUCCGCCAGAAUAGCAGAUUUCCUGAGUCUAUUGUUCGACAUUUUUUGCAACAGAUUACCGCCGCACUGAAGACAUUGAGAUCACAUUCUGUGGCCCACAUGGAUCUCAAGCCACAAAACAUACUCAUAUCGUCAAAGUUAUCGGCAAAUUGUUGGCGAAAUGUUGUCCUAAAGAUAGCCGACUUUGGGUUUGCCCAGUAUUUGCGUAGCGAAGACUCGGCCACAUCUAUGAGGGGAUCACCACUUUAUAUGGCACCGGAAAUACUGUUGAAAAACAAAUACGACGCCAAUGUUGACCUCUGGUCAGUGGGUAUUAUACUAUAUGAAUGUCUUGUCGGAAGAGCGCCGUUCAGUUCCGAUACGUUCGAAGCGUUGGCCAAAAAGAUUAAAAACACGGAACCAAUUGAAAUACCGAAUAAUUUCGAUAUUUCCGACAAUUGUCGCGAUCUAUUGACAAGACUUUUGCAGCGAAAUCCACGCAAACGAAUCUCGUUUGACGAGUUCUUCGACCACUCGUUCAUUGAUUUAGAACACAUGCCUUCACGAGAAUCGUAUAACAAAGGCGUCCAAUUGAUCAAUGAAGCCGUCGAUAGUGAUCUGAAAAAUGAGUUCAACGACUCGUUUAGACUCUAUACCGAAGCCCUUCAAUACUUGAUUCCAGUAUACAAUUGGGGCGACGGAACCACUGUUUGGGAUCAAAAUGAACAACAAAUUCUGAAGAAAAAACUAACAGAAUAUAUGGAAAGAGCUGAACAAUUGAAAGUCAAGUGUCGACUGAUUACUGUCGACAAUGAGAUCCUGAUGUCAAUACACGAAGCGUACGAAUUGAUCGAAAAAGCAAACGAAUCGAUCAAAACAAAGAGUUAUAAGAAAGCGUUUACUGAUUAUAAUAAAGCCAUUGAAAUUGGUUUCGAAAUAUUACCAAAACUGAAGACUGACGAUAAAUUGAUACUAAAAGAAGAGCUAAACAAAUGGCUAACAAAAGCCGAACAAUUGAAGAGCCGAUCGACGGCGAAGAGCAGCUUCAAAAGGACCACAAGAAAUAGCAAUAAGAAUAGAGACGCCGAUUAUAGUCAGGAGUCGAUGGAAAAUUCGUUCAAUCAAAUGGAUUUGAAUAGUGAUAGUCUUUCAUACAAGAACUUUGUUAAAAGGAUGUCCUCCUCAUCAUCGAGAGGUGACAUGACUUUGACGCCCACCUGUUAUGUCCAAUGAUUGACUGCAAUGUCACUAAUAAUAAUUGAAGUGAUAAUGUAUUUGUUUUUAGUGUAAAUUUGUUUUAUUAUUUUUUUUUAUUAAAAAAAAUUAAUUAUUAUUGUUUUA